UACGUCGGUUCACACGUCAUCCGGUACACGGGAACUACACCAUAUGAUUGCGGUUCAGGCGAGCUCACGGAACGAAGGUUAACUAGUGCGGGAAUGUCCUUUGUCGCGGUGCUCGGUAGAUCGGUCCUGCCCGCUAGUCGUAGUGUCAAUAGCGCCAGCAAGACCUGGCCCUGUUGUUAAUCGCAAGUCUCCCGGGUGCGAAAGGUUCCCUCGUUUCACGCGCAUUAAAUCGUUGUUAAUCGAUACUUUCGGUACUUGAUUAAAGUACGUUCGUUGGCUGGAAGUUCGAUAGGUGUGCGAUCAAUUUGCAGCGAGUGCCGUGCUGUGUAACGACAUACAAAGUCGUCUCGGUGUCCUGUUGGAGUUUUGAAACACCUUACGCGCCAACAUAGAAAUCAACAGUUAAAGCAUAAGCCGUUUGUCCUUUCUUCUCGGAACGGUCGAGAUCGUGUUAUCUUUGCGCGAGAAUCUCAUGCAACUCGUUUUGUAAACAGCGAACAAAAAUCAAUCAAUCGUUGUUUGAUCGAAAAGCACGGUCACAGCAAGGGGCAAACCUUCGAGACUACCCCGACGUUGCAACAGCAACAACAGGUUGCAGCAAUAGGCUAACCAACGCUCGACACGACGCGCCACCCGAGUGUCCACGAUUCACGGUCAACGUUUUGGUGUUGCAGCUGCACGCGCACAUGUACAUGUAUGUGCGAUGAAGAGUGUAAAAGGUGAAGAUAAUUAGUAAACUACUAGUGGACCGGAACGUGAGAGACAGCGGCAUUACACCCUUUCCCCGGCGAUAGGAAAUUUCCACGCGGUGGGGCAGAUGCUUCCAUGUAGUUAAUCGGUUGCGUGCCGUGAACCAUAAUGGGUUGCAAUACUAGCCAGGAGAUACCGAGCUACGGCGGUGGGCAGAAAACGACGGACUCGGCCGCUGCCCUUGGCGAGCUGCUGGAAGGUGAUAUUGAAGAGGUCGAGGCGGCAGCAACCAAGAUCCAGGCAGCGUUCCGCGGUCACCAAGUGCGCAAAGACAUGAAGCAAGGAGACGGUGUUACCGAGCAGGGCCAGCAGAAGCAGGACCAGCAGACGGAACGGGAACCGACCAAGGAGGAGCUGGAGGCCGAAUUCGACCCGAACGACCAAGAGCUGACUCACGCCGCCACCCGUAUACAGGCCAGCUUCCGUGGUCACAUGGCCAGAAAGACGGCCGGCGCAAAGGAGGACGAGAAGAAGGAGGUGGAUAUUGAUGAAAUUACCAAAAAGGUGGCCGAAGAGCUGGACAUCGACAUGGACGAUCCGGAGCUGCACAAAGCGGCCAGCAAAAUUCAGGCCUCCUUCCGCGGUCACAAGGUGCGCAAGGAGGUGCCGAAGGAGAAUGAAAAUUAAGCCUGCCCACCCCCGAAAAGUGCAGCCACGAACCGUUUAUUUGGUUACGAGAGGCACCAAAGGAAGAGACGUCCUCUCGCAUCAUCGUCUCGCCACAUCAUCACCGGGCGAUGGCAUCCUAUCCCCAUCCAGCCCCUGUUCGAUACCGGUUCGGGGU